UAAUGCAAAAAUCCAAUAACGAUUUGCUGCAAGAAAAUAGAAAUGCAAAGUGAAGAGCAUCAGAUCCCCCAUCAUAAACACUUUUUUAAUUCUGCGAUAAGAGAAUAUAGAAUUUCAAAUUUUUAUUACACCAAAUUUGGGUUUCUCGCCUUCCGUAACGAGUGCCGCAGAGAGAGAAUGGUGAAGAUCACGGCGCUGACGGUACUGAAAUGCAUCCCGGAGGGCGCGGAUCCGAUUAUAUUGGCAAACGCCACGGAUCUAAGCAGUUUCGGAUUUUUCCAACGCCACAGCGUUAAGGAGUUCAUUGUUUUUGUUGGUCGGACCGUAGCUAAACGGACGCCGCCCGGACAACGCCAAUCGGUGCAGCAUGAAGAAUACAAGGUUCAUUCUUAUAAUCGAAAUGGCUUGUGUGUAUUGGGGUUUAUGGAUGACCACUAUCCUGUUCGAAGUGCAUUUUCACUGCUCAACCAGGUCUUCGAUGAAUAUCUAAAGAAUUUUGGUGAUUCAUGGCAAACAGCCCAAGCUGACAACAGUCAAGAAUGGCCUUAUCUAAGUGAGGCACUUACCAAAUUUCAGGAUCCCGCUGAGGCGGACAAGCUGUUAAGAAUCCAGCGGGAGUUGGAUGAAACUAAAAUUAUUCUUCACAAAACUAUUGACAGUGUGCUAGAACGAGGUGAGAAGCUUGAUAGCUUGGUUGAGAAGAGUUCAGAUCUCAGUGCAGCUUCUCAGAUGUUUUAUAAGCAGGCGAAGAAGACUAAUCAAUGUUGUACUGUACUGUAAAUGCUUCAGAAAGAAGGGGAUGAUCUCAUACGUGGCUAAGUUGUGUUGAUGAAUUGAUAAAAUGUGAAGUUUGGCAGUGUUUAUAUUGCUUGUAUACUGUUUUGAGGCUCAAAUCUUUGGUUGCUCCUCCUCUCUGUCACCACAUUGUUUAAAGGUUAUAAUCACGUUGGCAGUGUUGGUAAUAUCACAAUGCAACACUGUUGUUCUUUUUUAUAGCUAUAAUCAGCUUACUUUUAUUAA